CAGCAGCCAUGGCCAAGCUGGUGGAGUGUGUGCCCAACUUCUCCGAGGGCCGGAACAAAGAGGUGAUCGAUGCCAUCGCCGACGCCAUCUCGGCCACAGACGGCUGCAGCCUGCUGGACGUGGAUCCCGGCUCCUCCACCAACCGGACCGUCUACACCUUCGUGGGUUCUCCUGGCGCCGUGGUGGAGGGAGCGCUGAACGCCGCCCGCCAGGCCUUCAGCCUCAUCGACAUGACCAAGCACUCAGGUGAACACCCGCGGACUGGAGCGCUGGACGUUUGCCCGUUCAUCCCCGUCCAGAACGCCACCAUGGACGACUGCAUCAGCUGUGCCAACACUUUCGCCCAGAGACUCAGCGACAUGCUCCACGUGCCGGUUUAUCUUUACGGAGAAGCGGCACGGAAAGAGUCGAGGAGGAAUCUUCCCUCUGUUCGAGCCGGAGAGUACGAGGCCCUCCCAGACAAGCUGAAACAGGCUGAAUGGGCUCCUGACUACGGCCCUGCCACCUUUGUCCCGUCAUGGGGCGCCACGGUAACCGGAGCUCGCAAGUUCCUCAUCGCCUACAACGUGAACCUCAUCAGCACCAAGGAGCAGGCGCAUCGCAUCGCGCUGGACAUCAGGGAGCAGGGCCGAGGAAAAGACCAGCCCGGGCUGCUGAAGAAGGUGCAGGGCAUGGGCUGGUACCUGGAGGAGGCCAACAUCGCCCAGGUCUCCACCAACAUCCUGGACUACGAGCUGACGCCGCUGCACACCGUGUACGAGGAGAUCUGCCGAGACGCCGAGGAUCUGAACCUGCCUGUGGUCGGCUCUCAGAUUGUCGGUCUGAUCCCGCUGAAGGCUGUGCUCGACUCUGCCGACUUCUACAUCAACAGAGACCGGCUCUUCAUCAUCGAAGAGGAGCACAAAGUCCGACUGGUCAUCAGUAAGCUCGGCCUGGACUCUCUGGGCUCAUUCAAUCCAAAGGAGAGGAUCAUAGAGUACAUGGUGAAGUCUGAGGAGGACAGAGGUCUGGUGUCUCUGUCCCUGCAGCAGUUUGUUCACAGUGUUGGAGCCAGGACGGCAGCGCCUGGCGGAGGAUCUGUUUCUGCCGCCGUGGCUGCUCUGGGUGCUGCUCUGGGCGCCAUGGUCGGCCAGAUGACCUACGGGAAGAAGCAGUUUGAGAACCUGGACGGCGUGAUGCGGAGGCUGAUUCCUCCGUUCCACCAGGCCAUGGACGAGCUGCUGGCCAUGGUGGACGCCGACUCGUCCGCCUUCAGCAGCUACAUGGCAGCUCUGAAAAUGCCAAAGAGCACUGCAGAGGAAAUGAAAAGGCGUGACGCUGCCAUGCAGGAGGGUCUGAAGAAGGCGGUGGGCGUUCCUCUGGCUCUGGCUGAGCGGGUCAACGUCCUCUGGCCUUCACUCAAAGAAAUGGUUGUCUACGGAAACAUCGCCUGCAAGUCCGACGCUCAGGUCGCAGCUAAAGCCCUGGAGACGGCAGUUUUUGGUGCGUACUUCAAUGUGGUCAUCAACCUGAAAGACAUCACGGACGGCGCCUUCAAAUCGGCGACCCAGCAGAGGGCGUCAUCGCUCCUGCAGGAGGCCAAGGAGAAUGCUGCCGCCAUCCUGCAGGCGGCCGACAGCCGACACUGAAGCUUCAACGCUGCAGCUUUUUUUUUUUUU